GUCAAACUCUCGCUUUUGGGACUCGGUCUCCAUGGCAACAAGCCUUGAGGCGCAGAGGAUCGUAGGGAGCGCUGCGAACCCGCAGCAUCGGGGACACCAUGUCCGUGAUUGUGGCUCAGUCUCUCCACAUCUUUGGACUCCGCUCUCGAGUCGCAAACAAUGUUUGUUACUUUGAUGAACAGAUAAUAAUAUAUCCCUCGGGGAACAGCUGUGUGAAAUACCACCUAGAGCAGAAAUGGCAGAAAUUCAUCCAAGGAUCUGAGAAGAGUCAGGGGAUGUUAGCAUUGGCCAUGAGUCCAAAUCGACGCUACCUGGCCAUCUCUGAGAUAGUGCAAGAGAAACCCACUAUCACAAUUUAUGAAUUGUCAUCUGUCCCAUGUAAAAAGCGGAAAGUACUUAGUGUCUUUGACUUCCCUGUUCAGGAAUUUGUCAGCCUAGCCUUUUCUCCUGAUUCUAAGUAUCUGGUGGCCCAGACCGGACCACCCGAGUCAAACCUUGCCUAUUGGAUGUGGGAGAAGCAGAGAAUGAUGGCAAUUGUCAAAGCCGACAUCCAGAACAACCCUGUCUAUCAGGUGAGCUUCAAUCCCCAGGAUAACACCCAGGUUUGUAUCACUGGAAAUGGCAUUUUUAAACUUUUCAGAUACACUGAGGGAACCUUGAAACAGACCAACUUUCAGAGGGGAGAGCCUCAAAACUACUUGUCCCAUGUCUGGCUCACCGAGGACAGGGUUAUGGUCGGCACUGACACAGGCAAACUCUUUCUCUUUGAGUCUGGAGAUCUGCGCUGGGAGACAAGUAUAGAAUGCAAAGAACCUCCCAGUGAAGUGGAAAAGGAUGAGCUGGCACAUGAAUCUGAGAGCCUCAUUGAAUUUCCUACUGCCAGUUCCCCUGAUCUCUCCAGUGAGAUGCUCUGUGAAGCUGUUGGCCAACAGCAGGCUUCCUUCCCUCAAAUCUCUGCCAUUGCUGCUUAUUCCAAAGGUUUUGCAUGCUCAGCUGGGCCAGGAGUUGUUCUACUGUUUGAGAAGACUGAAGAGAAGGAAGGUUACAGGGAGAACCGAGAAAUCCGGAUUCCCCAGGACCAGCGCAGCAGUGACCCAAAUCAGUCAGACAAGCAGGAUGUUAUGUGCAUGUGUUUUAGCCCCUCAGAGGAAACGCUACUCAUUAGCACAAGUAAAAAUCAGCUCUACAUCUUUACCAUGUCCUCAACUGAGAUAAUUAAGGGGGAACCAGCUCACUUUGAGUAUCUGAAUUUCCCAUUACAUUCUGCUGCCAUCACUGGACUGGACAUCUGUAUCCGUAAACCCCUCGUUGCUACAUGUUCCCUGGACAGAUCUGUACGCAUCUGGAACUAUGAAACAAACACUUUGGACUUGUAUAAGGAGUACCAGGAAGAAGCAUAUGCAGUUUCUCUUCAUCCCACUGGCCUUUACGUUUUGGUUGGGUUUUCUGACAAACUACGGCUUAUGAACCUGCUAAUUGAUGACAUCCGUACUUUUAAGGACUUCACUGUGAGAGGGUGCAGAGAGUGCACCUUCAGUAAUGGGGGUCAUCUUUUUGCUGCAGUUAAUGGAAACGUGAUUCAUAUUUACUCCACCACCAGCUUUGAGAAUGUUAAUAAUCUGAAAGGACACAAUGGGAAGGUGCGCUCAGUCAUAUGGAGUGCAGAUGACAAUAAGUUGAUUUCCUGUGGCACAGAUGGUGCAGUGUACGAGUGGAGCUUGUUGACGGGUAAGAGGGAGUCAGAGUGUGUGCUCAAGUCCUGCAGCUACAGCGGUGUUGCCAUCUCUCCUGAUGCCAAAAUCAUCUUUGCUGUUGGAUCUGACCAAACGCUCAAGGAAAUUUCGGAUUCUUCGAUCCUGCGUGAAGUGCCUACUUUUGAUGUUACUUAUACUGCAAUAGUUGUGUCUCAUUCUGGGCGCAUGGUGUUCACAGGCACUUCAAUGGGGACCAUCCGAUCUAUGAAGUACCCACUGCCUGUGCACAAGGAGUUCAAUGAGUAUCAGGCCCAUGCUGGCCCUGUUACCAAGAUGUCCAUAACAUGUGAUGACCAAUUUCUGCUGACCGUCUCAGAGGAUGGCUGCCUGCUUAUCUGGAAAGUGUAUGAUAAGGAAGGACGGGGUCUGAAACGGGAGAAGGAAGUGGGAUAUGCUGAAGAGGUGCUGAUCACAAAAACCGAUAUGGAAGAGAAGACUCAAGUUAUGCUAGAACUGAAGACUCGUGUGGAGGAGCUGAAGAUGGAAAAUGAGUACCAGCUACGACUCAAGGACAUGAAUUAUAACGAGAAGAUGAAGGAAUUAACUGAAAAAUUCAUCCAAGAGAUGGAGUCCCUUAAAACCAAAAAUCAGGUGUUAAAGGCAGAGAAAGAAAAGCAGGAACUGCAGUACCAGGAGCAGCUGUCUGAGCUGAUGGAAAAACAGUCCAGGGAGGUGCAGGACCUAGAAUCUGGCAACAACCAGAAACUUUUGUUAGAGUAUGAAAAAUACCAGGAGCUGCAAGUGAAAUCCCAGCGGAUGCAGGAGGAGUACGAGAAGCAGCUACAUGAUAUGGAGGAGACCAAGAACCAGGCCCUGGAGGAGCUGACAGAAUAUUAUGAGGCGAAACUGCAUGAGAAAACCACCUUGCUGGAGGAGGCACAGGAUGACGCCAGGCAGCAGCUUCGAGAGUUUGAAGAAACUAAGAAACAGAUUGAAGAAGAUGAAGAUCGGGAAAUCCAGGAAAUCAAAAUCAAGUAUGAGAGACGACUUCGGGAAGAGAGAGAAUCAAACCUGCGGCUGAAAGGAGAGACAGGAAUCAUGAGGAAAAAGUUCAAUAGCCUACAGAAGGAGAUUGAAGAGCGCAGCAAUGACAUUGAGACAAUGAGAAUGGAACAGCAGAAGCUGCAAGGUGUCAUUAAGUCAUUAGAGAAGGAUAUUCUGGGACUGAAGAGAGAGAUUCAAGAAAGAGAUGAGACUAUCCAAGACAAGGAGAAGCGGAUUUAUGACCUAAAAAAGAAAAACCAGGAGCUGGAAAAGUUCAAGUUUGUACUGGAUUAUAAAAUAAAGGAGCUGAAGAAGCAAAUAGAACCCCGUGAGAAUGAUAUCAAAGCAAUGAAGGAGCAGAUCCAGGAGAUGGAGGGAGAACUGGAACGUUUCCACAAGCAGAACAUGCAGCUGGAACUGAACAUCACAGAGCUGCGACAGAAGCUGAAGGCCACUGACCGUGAGAUGCACAAGGAGCAGCAGAAGGAACGAGACAUGGAAGCUCUUGUCAAGCGGUUUAAAACAGAUCUUCAUAACUGCGUGGGCUUCAUCCAGGAGCCCAAAAAACUCAAGGAGGGGAUCCGGGAACUCUACGACAAAUACGUGCAGCAGGCAGACAUGGUGGAGAUUGUGGGGGUUGACACAGAUCUGCAGCAGGAGUACACCCGGCAGAGAGAGCAUCUUGAGAGGAAUCUGGCAACACUGAAGAAGAAGGUGGUGAAGGAAAGUGAGAUCCACCGAGCUGAUAAUGUGCGCAUCAUGCAGGAAAAUGUGAGCCUGAUUAAGGAAAUUAACGAAUUGCGGAGGGAACUGAAGGUGACCCGCACCCAGGUGCAUGAUCUCCAGUCAGCACUAGGACUAAACAGAAAAAACAAGAAGCAAGGGAUCCCAGACACAGUUCCUUCCCGUGACCUGCUGCCUAGUCCCAGUGUGCUGAGGUUGAAUGUAGAAGAGGAAACAGAAAGAAUCAUAGAAAUGCAACGGCUGGAAAUCAAACGCCUUCGAGACCAAAUCCAAGGGCAGGAGCAUGUCCUUGCUCUUCGGCCUCUGUCAGGUGGGAGGCUUCCCAUGCUGGAGAUUGAAAGGAGCCAUGGGACACAGCCACAAUGAUGCAAUCUAAGGAAAUUCUACACGAUUGCUUCCAUUGACAGGAUUAGAAAUCCUGGAACCAGAUCACACUAUUUUUGCCUGUUCUGUCCUGUAACUUUCCCUGUUAACCAAAUACUCCCCCACAAAACACUCUGUGCCUUAAUCUCCUCCCCUCUGAGAAAGAGACACCCCAAACAUGCACACACCUCCUCUCUGUGCUGCAAUCACCCCUCUGAACAGGAGGUUCCCUGCACACACACACACACACACACACACACACACACACACACACACACACACACACUACUCUCUCUCUC